AUGGAAGAACGACACGAGGCAAAGUCUAAAGGCCGGCAUUCCGCAGUGUUUCACGGCCGAUUUUGCCCGUACAACGUCUUGGUCGGAUGGAAACGAUGGAUGAACGAAGAGGAUAGAGCGCCGCCGUACGCAACCGCGCUGCGGACAAAGGAAAUCCACAGUUCCACGGCCCUCAGUAUGACGGCUUCCUCCACUACGCCUACGGGCGAUAUUUCCCUCCCCGCGGACAUGUCCCGCUUGAAGGGCAAAAACAUCCUCAUCACCGGCGGCGCGAGCGGCCUAGGAUUAGCGAUGUUCCGCGAGUUCGCCAGACAUGGGUAUCUCUUCUCCGUCCCCCGUUCCCACGCGGUGUCCCGGCUAAAUUUGUUUACGCGUCGUGACAGCGCCAACGUCGUGAUUGCGGAUUUGAAUGCUGAGAAGGGGAAUAAACUUGUCGAGGGGGUGCGGAAAGACAGCAAUAAUUUGCAUCACUACUUUGUCCUUUGCGACGUGACCUCGUAUGAAGCCCAGCGGCAACUCUUCCGCAGUGCUAUCGAGCUCCUCCCCGGCGGCAUCCUCAACACCGUUGUCGCCAACGCCGGCGUCAGCGAGACCUUCGACGUGACGAAGCCACACACUCCCGUCGACGACGACCCUCCGGAGCCGGACCUCACCACGAUCGACGUCAACCUCAAGGGCGUAAUCUUCACCAGCCGACUAGCGCUGCACCAUCUUCAGCGGAGCCCCACCGGGUCCGAUCGCCACCUCCUCCUGGUGGGAUCCAUGGCGUCGUUCGUGGACACGUGCGGCGUCGUCGCCAUGUAUGCGGCGAGCAAGCACGCGGUCCUCGGCUGGUUCAGGUCUUUGAGGCUGUUCCCCGGCGUGCACAACAAAGGUGUCCGCAUCAACCUGGUGUGUCCGUAUUUUGUCGCGACGCCCAUCAUCCCGAUCAUGGGACGGGUAAUGCUGGCCGGGAUGGAUCUGGCCACGGAGGAGGACGUGGUGGAGGCGACUGGCCGCCUCGUAUCGGACCCGGGUGUGCGCGGGCGGGUGCUCGCGGUGAUGCCGCACAGCGCUGGCGGCAUCAUGGAGAUGGAUGUCGCCGAGAUGAAGCUCGUGGAGCAGUUCUCGAGGCGCGUCAUCAGUGCCCUCGAGGUCGAGGACAAGGUGAAGAGCUGGGUUAGGUUUGCGUGGGGCAUGAUGCACCUCCUGGGUGUCUCGAGGCUUCUGGGAGUGCUCGGUCUGGUGGUCGCCGUUUGCUGGUUGAGGGAUUCGGCCGCAUAGUAUACGGCCUGCCAGCAGAGGAGGAUAUAGAUCAUAGUUAUCAUAAUAUGUAGCCGCCACUUACUUACAGGCGACAAAGUAAUUGGGCGAUGAAGAGCGAUAUAAUACCCCAUGUCUCUCUCCUUGUUCGGUCUCCAGGAUUGGUGGUGGGUCAACGUAUGCCCAAGGGCUUUCGUUGGUAUCGGGUAUCAAAGCUCGUCGAUAUCCCGUCGAUACCCUCUGCCCCAUGAGUACCCACACACUGGGCUGUGCAUAUUUAGCGACC